GAUGAUUAAGGGUAAAAAUAUUUCUUCAACCAAAUUCCCGUGACGAUUACAAGAGCCAGAAAAUUUUCCCACCAAAAAACCAAACGACUACAGAACAAAAAUAAUGGGAGCUUUUUAAUUUCAAGUUAACCACCGUGCCGGUGCGGUUGCGUCUGUCACCGCCUGUCUCCAACCCUACCAGAAGCCGAAGCCACAGCCACACUACUUUUUCUCACCGAAUCUGUCUCCGCUAUUCCCUUGGAUCGAACAUGCAACGCAAUGGUCUCAAUGGCUUUUGAUUCCCAUCUUCUCCAGCAGCCGUCUGGAACCCGACGUGGUCCCAUGUAAUUCCAGCCCCUCUACAUUGUGCUUGCUGAAGCCCAUUUAUUGAACCCUACCAGCCAAACCCUGUUUCGCCAUUCCUUUCAAGUUAGAAUCAGUUUCUCUGCAGGCUGGCGUGUGUGAUACUUCAUUUGGGUGCCUUCUGUUUCUUGUCAUCGUAAUUGUUUGUUUCGUUAUGUGGCUGUGUGCUUCUAGGAUCUUGAAGGAUUUUAGCUGGGUGUUGGAUUCAAGUCAUAGUUGACCAUUUUCUUGACGGAAGCAAAUUCACUAAAUCCUCUGAGCUAACCUGUCCUGUAAUUGCUUCGGAACCUCUUUCUUAGUGAUAGGUUCCGAGGCAAGAAUUAUUCGAUCAGGCGCCAAAAUGGAUGUAAAUAGUUCGAAAGAUAUGGUUCGCGGUGACAUGUUGUCUUUGGCAGCUAUAGGUUCUUCUGAAGUUUCAGAAGCGUCCCCUGAUUCGCUAAAAAACACGCCCUCUAACAUUGCAAAAUUGGAGGAUGUCAUCGAGCACUGCGAAGGUAGGCAGAAGUAUCUUGCACAGACAAGGAGUCCUUCCGACGGCGGCGAUGUUCGCUGGUAUUUCUGUAAAGUACCUUUGCUUGGGACAGAGCUAGCAGCAUCAGUUCCUAAGACUGAAAUAGUUGGGAAGGGUGAGUAUUUUCGAUUUGGCAUGAGGGAUUCUCUUGCAAUAGAGGCAUCUUUCUUGCAGAGAGAGGAAGAACUACUUUCUAUUUGGUGGAAAGAAAUUGCUGAAUGUAGUGAAGGGCCAAAAGAAAGAGCUGGUACUGGUCUGAGGCUCGAUAAACAAAGAUAUGAAUCUGCUUCGGAGGUUGCUAAAUUAAUCAAAUUGUAUGACAUUGAAGAAGAGCGAGUUGGUGUUCAUGUCAAAGGAGGACUCUAUGAGGUAGAUUUAGUGAAGAGACAUUGUUUUCCUGUUUAUUGGAAUGCAGAAAAUCGUCGAGUAAUGAGAGGCCAUUGGUUUGCUUGUAAAGGAGGACUUGAUUGGCUUCCACUUCGGGAGGAUGUUGCCGAACAGUUAGAAAUUGCUUAUUGUAGUCGGGUGUGGCGCCGGAGAACAUUUCAGCCAUCCGGACUUUUUGCAUCCUGAGUUGAUUUACAAGGAUCUACCCCAGGACUUCAUGCUCUUUUCACUGGGGAGGAUGAUACUUGGGAGGCUUGGCUGAAUGUUGAUGCUUCUGGUUUUUCUAGCGUUAUUAGUUUGGGUGGCAAUGGAAUUAAGUUAAGGCGUGGCUAUUCCCUGUCUAACGCUCCUAAACCUACUCAAGAUGAUUUGCGCCAGCAGAGGGAAGAAGAAAUGGACGAUUACUGUUCACAGCCCCAUGAUUUUUACGAUCCUAAAAGCUUGUUUGUUUGGUCCUCAGGAAAAAGGAAAGAAUAUUGGGAUGAAGAAAAUAUAAGUGAAGAAAUGCCAGCUUGUCGACAAAUGUUAAACAUUUUUCAUCCAUUUGAUCCUGUAGCAUACAGUAUACCUUAUGGAGAACGUAUAAUGGAAGCUUUAUUGGAUUUAUACAGAAUAGAGCCACUUGUAUGCAAAGAGUACAUGCUCAAACGACCUGUUAUUAUACCAUUCCAUAGAGGUGGAAGGAGGUUGCAUAUUGGAUUUCGUGAAUUUACUGAUAACCUGGCUCUUCGUUCUCAGGCAAAAAAGGACGAUCUACACACUCUGGGGGUGAAAGUACUCACAGUUUGCCAAUCAAAACAAGCAGAUGGUCUAGAAGAAGGAGAUGAGAAUUUUCAAGGAGAACUGAAGUGUUAUGGUGUUGCAAUGAUGGAGAGAUUGACAGGAAGUGAAGGAGGACGGAUUGAUCACAUGCUUCAAGAUAAAACAUGUGAGCAUCCAUAUAUGCAAGCCAUUAAGUCCCAUACAAACUACUGGAGAGAUCAUGACACUGCUAUUUUCAUAUUGAAACACUUAUAUCGAGAUAUACUUGAAGAUCCCGAUACACCUCCAGAAUAUACUGAACCCGAUUCAAAUGAUUGCUGGUACAACCGCAGAGAAACUAUUGAAGAAGAGCUUUCUUUGACAUUUUCCAAUGAAAAUGUGGUACGAAACUUCUCUAGAAAAGCAAAGAAAAUGAUCAAAAAUCAUAGAUAGACAACUAGCAUCGAAAGGCAAUAGGCAAUAGGAACAGCUACAACUUCCAAGGUUAGUGAAGGCUGAACGACCGGGAUUGGCAUGAUAAUGAAUAUGCAAAUUUCCACCUUAAAAAUGGGGAGGUUUGCUGUUGGCGGGCUUGGGGUCACUUUACUCGGUAUUCUCUCCUUUCUUUCCAUGUACAUAAAGAGGAAGACCAAAUGGGGAUCAUAAUAUGUAACUUGUAAAUUCAAACGUGUAAAUGAGGCCAAUCUGCUGUUCUCUGCCAGUAAUAGAGAGUAAGCAGGCCAAGAGGUUAAAGUA